AUGUACCAGUCUUCUCUUGAGGCGCCCUCCUCUCAACCAAUAGCACGUCACGUGUUGAAGCUGGAGCAGGAGGAGUAUGAGAAGGAGCAGAUCAACUGGAGCUACAUCAACUUCCGUGACAACCAGGACGUGCUGGACCUCGUUGAAGGGCCCAGGGCGGAGGGCUUCACCCUGUCGCUGUACGACGCCUUCCUCCGCCACCACCACCUCUCUUCCAUGCUUCCCUCCCCCCCCCCCUCUUUCCCCCACCCCCUCCGCCUCCCCACCUCCAUCCCCUCCCCACGCCCCGCUCCCCUCACCCCCCGCACCAGCCUUGUGCCUCAGUGCACAGCGGAGGGCUUCACGCUGUCGCUCCGCCUGGCGCAGUCAACAGCGGAGGGCUUCACGCUGUCGCUGUACGACGCCUUCCUGCGCCACGACCGCUUCUCCAAGUCCAAGGGCUCCGUCACCGACUUCACCCUCGAGCACUACGCCGGGCAGGUGAAGUACAGCACGUUGGAGUUCAUAAGCAAGAACAUGGACGCAGUGGUAUCAGAGCACGAGGUGCUGCUGCAGAAGUCUGCCGACCCAUUCGUCACCGCCCUCUUCCCACCCGCGCCGCCCGAUGACAAGGCGGGCAAGGCCACGAGCAAGUUCGCGUCGCUGGCUCGCUCCUUCAAGGUGUGCACCAGCCAUGCACCCACUCAACCAUCCCACUCGCCAUCCAACCCCACACCUCAACAACUGGCGCAGCUGAUGGAGACACUCAACCGCACAGAACCGCACUACAUCCGGUGCAUCAAGCCGAACGCCAAGAGCCGGCCGGGCAUGUUUGAGCGCGCCAUGGUCACGGACCAGCUGCGGUCGGGGGGAGUGCUGGAGGCCAUCCGCAUGUGCUCCGCGGGCUACCCCACACGCCGCACCUUUGAGGACUUCGUUGACCGCUUCGCUCUGCUGCUGCCCUCGCUGCUCGAGCAGGACAUGUCGGACGUGGAGUAUGUGGAGGCGCUGCUCAAACACGCCAAGCUCGAGAACUACCAGAUGUGCCCUCCCCCGAUUGUCCUCCACUCCUUUCCCUUGCUCCGCUCGGCAGCACCGCAGAGGCCUGUGCUGCACACCCGCAGCCGGAUCGGGAUGGCGAGCCAAGAUCGGGGUGACCAAGGUGUUCCUGCGGGCGGGCAGCUGGUGCAUAUGAUGAUCGGGCUGACCAAGGUGUUUCUGCGCGCGGGGCAGAUGGCGCUGCUGCAGAGCAUGCGCCUGGACGCCAUGAACGAAGCUGCCAGGAAGAUUCAGCGCGCCACUCGGCACUUCCUCUUCAAUCGCCAUCGCAGGCGCGCCGCCCUGCUCAUCCAGACACACUGGCGAGGUGAGGUGUGCGAUGUGGUGCAGUGGCCAGACACACUGGCGAGGCACAGUGGCUCGAGGGGGCGAGCGUUAAAGGCCGAGGAUUGGCAUGCAGGGGAAGAAGGGCCCCCUGCCCCUCUCCCACUGUGCGACCCUGCCAUCCCUCACUCACACUCGCUACCUUCCCGUCCCCACUUCCCAACUCUUCCCCCCCCCAUCCCCCCCUCUGCCCCUCCAGGCUUCUGUGUGCGCGCGGCCUACCAGCUGUUGCGCAGUGAUGUGGCUGCUGUGCCCUCUCGCGGAGCUGCCUUCUGCUCCCUCCCCCUCCUCCCCCUCCUUCUCUUCCCUUCUGUUCUCAUCCCUCGGUUUCGUUCCCCACCUCCUCUCUCUCCAAUCUCCAACACCCCUCCAGGCCACUGUGCGCGCGCGGCGUACCAGCAGUUGCGCAGGGACGUGGCAGCAACGACCAUCCAGGCGGCGGAGAGGGGGCGGCAGCAGCGCCUGCGCUUCCUGCAGCUGCGCCACGCCGCACUGGUGGUGCAGGCCGCUGUGCGCAUGCACCUCUGCCGCACCGCCUAUGCCAACACUCGCCGCCGCCUCGCCGCCACCCGCAUUCAGAGCACGUGGCGGGGCUACAUUCACAGGCGGCCGUGGCGGGCGCUCAAGCACAUGCUGGCGGGUAGAGUGGCGCGCCUCCGAAUGCACAACCUCAAGCUGCAUCCAUACCGACCAGUUCCCCCUUCCCCCACCUCCCCUUCCCCUUUUUCCUGCCCUCCCCGCUCCUCCCACUCCAACCACCCGCAGGAGGCGAGUCGGCAGGCGGAGUUGGCGCCGCCGCGCAAGAAGACGGACGUGGCCAUCGAGACCAUCCGCAUGAUGACACUGCGCGUGAUGCGGGUGAGAGGAGAGGGAAGCCGUGAGGGGAGAGGGAAGCCACAGGCCUUGCCUUUCACUCCUUGUCACCUACCUUCCUGCCCCUCGCCGCACCAAUUCCUUAUCUCUCCCGCAUUACCCAUAUUCACCCUCUUCCUCCCUUUGCUCCCACAUCCAUCUCUGCACUGCUCGCCCGCCCGCCUCAUCAAAAUCCCUCUCCCCCCUUCUCAGGAAAAGGCUGAAAAAAGCCGUGCACACUCAGAGCGCCAGCUGGCAGAGGUCCGUGCUGAGCUGGAGCGGACCAAGAAGGAGCUGGCAGGCAAGGUGCGUGAGGUGGCGCGGCUGGUGGGGCAGCUGGAGCAGGAGCAGCAGCGGGCAGAGCUGGCAGAGGAGCGAUUGGAGGAGAUGCUGAGGGAUCAGGACAGGGAGCGGGCGGAGGGGCGGGAGCGAGUGCUGCAUGUGGCAUCUGUGGCCUCACAUAAAGCAGCAGCAGGCGGAGGAGGAGCAGCAGCAGGGGCGCUGAGCAGCCUGCCUUCCUUGGGUGGGUCAGGCUUCUCCUCGUCCUCCUCCUCACCCUCCGCUGCUGCAGCUGCAGUGGCUGCUCUGGCAGGGGGAGCGCUGGGAGUGGUGGUGGACAAGCAUUUGGCGUCGCAGCAGAGCGGGGGGAGAGCGGGGGCACCAGGGGGCAAUCUGGGGGUGCCGGAGGGGUCGAGGAUCCUCGCCCGCAUGGCGUCGCGCAGACACCCCUCGCCGCACACACCUGCCAAUCACCCCACGUGGGAGGAAACCGCUGCUGCUGCUGCUGGCGGUGCUGCGGGUGGUGCUGCGAGUGCUGCUCUCACGAGCUCCCCGUCCUUCUCCUCCUCCUCCAGUCGCUCCUCGCCUGUCCCUCCCCUGCCUCCCUCCUCCAUAGCGUCCCCCCCUGGCAGCAGCGGGGGUGGCAUGGCGGCUGCAGCCGCGGCAGCGGUGGCAGCGAUGGAGAGAGCUGAAGGUGCAGCGGCAGCAGCGGCAGGUGGGGAGGGCAUGCACGACGGCGCCCACAGGGGCCAUGGCGGCGCGGCGGACGCCCAUCACCUGCCGUGCAUUCAGGAGUCGGCGUCACGCGAGGAGGGCGAGGAGAAGAAGGUGGUUGCAGUGAGCAGAACCAGCAGUGGCGGCAGCGGCACCACGGAGUUUGGUGGCAGCAGCGGGGGGUUGAGGCAAGUGCGGUUCCCCUCCAUGGGACCGGAGGAGAGCGAGGCAGAGGCCGGGUACACUCGUGCCAGCACGCUGCCCGUUGGGAAGAGCAUGCUGCGGCUGCAGUCCAUGGGGAAGGCCCUCAAACCUGCUGCUAACGCUGAUGCUGCUGGGGGCUCUGGCAGCGCGCCCGACGGUGCGGAUGCACGGUUGGCGAGGAUCCGACGGCUGCAGUCGUCCAACCCGCGGAUGGGUGGAGGAGCAGGGGGGGAGGGUGUUGGUGGGCCGGGCGUGCCGCGGCCGCUGGUGUCGGCCAAGUCGCUGACCCGCGACGAGGCCGUGCGCAUGCUGGCGAGUGCUCAGAGGGAUGUGGAGGAGAUGCACAAGCUGAAGGAGGAGAGGCGGCAGCUGCAGGUGCUGUACCGGGAGGCAGUGGCGGCAACAGAGGCGGCACUGGCAGCGGCAGCGGAGGAGCGCGGGCGGGUGGGCGAGCUGCAGCGGACAGUGGAGGGGAAGGACGAGGAGAUCCGCGAGCUCAUGGAGAAGAACCAGGAGCUGCAGCUCGCUCUCACCCUGUCAGUCGCCCCUGCCUUCUUGCUGCUUGCUGUGUUGGGAACAAACCAAACCCACAACAAGAGUCAAGCUAGCUUGCUCCACAUAGGGCUGCCCAAUGCACCUGCGUGGCUGGUUGGUUGGUGGCCACCCAAUGAUGGGCGGGUGGGCGACCUGCAGCGCGCGCUGGAGCGGAAGGACGAGGAGAUUCGCGAGCUCGCUGGGAAGAACCAGGAGCUGCAGCUAGCGGGUUCUGUGCUGUGCUGUGUGGUUGUGUACUGUGCUGUGUGGUUGUGUGCUGUGUGCUGUGUGGUUGUGUGCUGUGCUGUGUGGUUGUGUGCUGUGCUGUGUCGUUGUGUGCUGUGCUGUGUGGAACGAAAGGACGGGGAGAUCCGCGAGCUUACUGAGAAACACCAGGAGCUGCAGCGCGGCCUCACCCUGUCCGUCAGCCAUCACACCGUAUUGGCUUAUCCCCUCGGCCAGAAUUUCCUGCUCCCUUUCACAACCUCCAGUCGCUCGCACCUUCACCUCUCACGUCCUGCUCACUAUCCAUUGCUCACCAUCCAUCGCUCACCAACCAUCCAUCUUUCCCCCAACUUCCAUCGCUCACCAACCGUCCAUCACUCCCCCACCUUCCAUCGCUCACCAACCAUCCAUCACUCUCCCACCUUCCAUCGCUCCCCCACCAUCCAUCACUCCCCCACGUUCCAUCGCUCACCAACCGUCCAUCACUCUCCCACCUUCCAUCGCUCCCCCACCAUCCGUCACUCCCCCACCUUCCAUCGCUCCCCCACCAUCCAUCGCUCCCUCCCGUCCAUCCCACAUCCGCCCCGCUCCACGACAAUAUCCCACCCCACCUGCCUACCCCCACACCACCAUCGCAGCAAGUCGCGGGAGGUGCGCACGCUCAGCCAGCGGUUGCUGGCAUCGCAGGCUGACAGCGACGUGGAGGAGCUGCCUGUGGACAAGCAGCAGGAGCUGCUGCUGUCGGAGGUGGCGAGCAGCCGCUUCCCGUUCGGCCCCGAGGGGCAGCCGGUGGCGGCGUGCAUGGUGUACCGUGCGCUGCUGCAGUGGGGCGCGCUGGAGGCGGAGCGGACCAACACGUUCGACCGCAUCGUGGAGGCCUUCCAGCGUGGCUCCACCGACCAGCUGCUGCCCUCGCAGGCCUACUGGCUCACCAACCACGUCGUGCUCUACUACCUCGUGCAGGUGGUGUACCAGCCGCCAGUGGAGCAGCCCGCCCAGGAGAGCUUCUCCUUCUCCUUCUUCGGCAUGGCCUCCCGCCCCGCCGCUCCUCCCAAGGCAGCGGUGGAGAGAGUGGAUGUGAUGCUGUUCAAGCAGCAGCUGGCCACGGGCACGGAGCGCCUCUUCGUCACCAUCAGGGACGCCGCCAAGGCCGAGCUCGCCAAGCACUUUGCCCUGCCCUCGCAGGAAUCUCAGGACGCGGCAGCGGAAGCAGAGGGCGACCAAGCAGCCGGUGACGCAGCGGCAGGGAAGGGCGGCAAGGCGGGCGGCGGAGGGGGGAGGCGGCUGGCGCGGGGGAGGGCGAGGGGAGGGGGGCGGUCGGGGGCAGCGAUGGUGCGGAAGCACGUGGUGAACUACUGGGCCAACGUGGUGGUCACUCUCAAGCAGGUGAACUACCGGGACAUUCGUGUGACGGCCACACUGGCAGCGAACCACGUGCCGGCGGUGGUGGUGGAUGCGCUGCUGCGGCAGCUGCUAUUCUUCGUAAAUGUCAAGAUCGUCAACGGGCUGAUGGUGCGCGCGCAGUGGUGUCCGUGCACGUACAGCAACGGGGAGCUGAUGGAGGAGGGGCUGGGGCGGCUGGAGCAGUGGGUGCACGACGUGGAGGUGCAGCUGCGAGACGCCAUGGGCGGCAGCAAGGAGCCCCUCAAGCGCGAGCUCCGACACAUCCGCCAGGCCAUCUACUUCCUCACGCUGGACCACAAGCCGCGGCGGUCGCUGGAGGAGAUAGAGGAGCUGUGUCCGGACCUCACGCUGAACCAGCUGGUGCACAUGUGCAUCUGGUACGAGGACGACGCGUACGGCACCAAGGGCGUCGACCCCUCCGUCACCGAGCGCAUGUGGGCGCUCAUGGUGGAUGACUGCCCCAUGCUGCUCCGCGACGACGACAGCAUCCCGUUCACAGUGGACGAGAUAGCCCUCGCCAUCCCCGCCAUGCACAUUGAUGACUUGGACCCGCCGCCCGAGCUGCAGCAGGACCCCGCCUUCCACUUCCUGCUGCCCUACAGCGCCGCCGCCCCUCACACCGGCACUCCUCUCCCCUCCACGCCCUCCAUGCCUACCCAUGCCACCUCCUCCGACCGCUCCAUCCACCUGCCCGUGCGCUCCGCUUCUGCCGCUGGCGACUACAGCUCCCCCGCCACCACGCCCCGUGCCGCCACCACGCCCCGUGCCGCCACCCCCACCCCCGCACCCGAGACAUCAUCCUUUAGCGCCUGGGACCUGCUCAGGGCGGGCGCGUGGCGCCGCGCUGUGCAGCCCGAAUGA